AAUCCAAAAAUAAAAAAUAAAAGAAGAGGGAGGAAACCACGUGCUCUGAUCUAAUUUGUUGGGGUUGGCCUUUCAAAGUUUCAAUUUUCGCCGUAAAGAAACAAAACAAUUUAACGUCAACCUGUAAAGUUGAAAAGUGCACUUCUUUCAGGCUUAAAUACUGACCUUUGCUGUUUUCGUUUCUCACCUCUCUCGGAAAACACAAACUGCCGGACAGAUCGACCAUCGGCGACGGUCAUGUUGGCUUCACUGACGAGCUGGUUGACGCCGAGCUCUCUCUUCCUUCUGCUCAACAUCGUCAUCGGCACGAUUGUUAUCACCUCGCGUUUCACUUCCUCGAGACGACAACAGUACCACCACUACUACCACCAACCUGGACCCGAUUAUGGAGCUCCGCCGCUGGCCCGGGCGCCGUCGCUCCUGGAGCGGGUGAGGUCGUUUGAUUUUUCUUUCUACAAUUAUGGUCAUCCGAACUAUGAGACCCCCUUUGUCCACGCGCCGGAGCAGCAGUACAUUGUGCCGCCGCCGCAGCUUGAGCGGGUUCCUUCAAUCCUAGAGCGGAUUAAGUCCACCGACUUUUUCCACAAGUUUGGUUAUCCAAACCACGACGUCCCCUUUGUCCACCCGUCGGAGACGGAACACACUGCGCCGCCCCCGCCGCUCGAGCGGACUCCUUCGCUCCUGGAUCGGGUCAAGUCCAUCAACUUCUCUCUUUACAAAUUCGCUCCUUCGUAUCCGGAAUCCGACCACGUCUUACACCCCGACCCGCAGUACGAAGCCGCCCCACAACAACCUGAUUUCCCUCAACUUACACGAACUCCGUCUCUGUUGGAGCGGGUCAGAUCCAUUGAUUUCACCUCGUUUUACAGAUCCGACUCACUAAAAAAGAACCCAGAAACAGAGUUAAUCCCUCCAGCUGCCGAGUGGGACUCGGGUACGGACUCCGUCCGGGAUCCAGUUCAUGUAAAUAGGAGCAAAUCAGAGAAGAACGUGACUCAAAGGAGGUUGCCGGAGAAGAUAAAGAAGUCAGCAAGCGAGAACUCCAGACAGAACGAGGAAGUCGUGGAAGAGAUAGAGCGGAGGCGACCGGCGACGACGAGGUUAGAGAAAACGGUGUCGAUCGGAGAGAAGGGGGACGUGGAUGCAAAAGCCGAUGACUUCAUCAACAGGUUCAGACAGAAUCUCAAGUUGCAGAGGCUGGAUUCUAUACUUCGUCGCAAGGAAACGCCCAAAGGCGAGUAAGAUGAACACUACGGAUGGGCUUGAUCUUCAUUUUUUUUCCGUUUUACAGUUCUUGAAAAUUUUCCGGUCGUGUGUUUGGGUUGAUCGUCAUGUGAACGCGAUGGGAAGAUAAAGAAAAGAAAUGCAGGCGAUAUGGAACGGUAGGUACAGUCUAAUUGUACAACUGUGGAAGGAGAUGAAGAUGAAGGUGGCGUGGGAAUUUAAAUGACAUAAUUGCCCUUUUGUUUUUUAGUGUAGUCUUUGUUUGUGUCGAUGGGUUCUAGUGUCAUUUCAUGUUCUCUUCUAGGGGGAUAGUGUUUGGUGCAUCGGACUUGCAGUUGCAGCUUUUGUUUUUCCUUUGUUAAGGAGAUGAAUAAUGACAUUUAGAUUUUAGCCUAAAAAUGUGGAGGAGUAAAGAACGUGCUAUGUGUGGCCAAAAAAAAAAAA